AUGGUAGAUAAUUCCAAUGAUUUAGACACACCAGAUACAAUGUUAGAAGACGACCCUGGUACAGAACCCAAACUAGGACCCAACCCAAGUUUACAAAACAAUCUUAAAACUUAUAAAAGCUUAAAAACUGAUUCGGAUGGCAGCGAUGACGACUUGGGACAAAGUAAGAACAAUGUAAAUGACAACAUGGAUACGGGAUCGAGCGAUUCUGGCAUGCAAAACACAACUGCUUCAAAUGAUAAUGAGGAUGGGAACCUGAAGCAGGCCAACAGUAAGCAAGACAUGGAAACUCAGGAUGGGAAAGUCAACCUGAAGCAGGCCAACAGUAAGCAAGACAUGGAAACUCAGGAUGGGAAAGUCAACCUGAAGCAGGCCAACAAUAAGCAAGACCCAUAUACUGAGGAUGGGAACCUGAAGCAGACCAACAGUAAGCAAGACAUGGUGGAAUCGAAAACAGGACAAAUUUCUGCAACAAUGAACGGCAAGGAAAACACUGAGAUGGCAGUUGAGAAAAAUGCAGCAAAUAAGGAAGUGAAGCUAGGAGAAAGUGGAAAAAUUCUAGAGACAUCUUAUAGAUUUAAUGAUGAAGACACGCCUGAAGUUGAUGACUUUGCAGAUCAAGGUACGGGGGGGGGGGGGGGGGGGGGGGGAUAUUUAGGAAUAAGAGGGAGGCUUAUAAGAAUAGCUGGGUUUCACAAAAGCACUAUCGUGCAGCAAAUGCUAGUCAACCUGCAGCUUUAGAGUGAGAUAUUUUUUCAUUAUAUACAGUUGUCUUGUAUUAGUAGGAACGAAUUGAGAGACGACCAUUCCACCAUCGCUUAAUGAAACCAGCUAGUAAAGGAAAAUGUAGGUCAUAUAAUUUACAAAUUAGAAUAUAUUUUCUUCUACAGCAAACGACAUCUGGACAACUAAUUCUCAUGACCCACUCCUCACUGCGGAUGACACUUCAGAUCUAGCUAGGAACGAAGAAACAACACAAGACAUACAACCUGAUGACGCGAAAUAUGGCAACAAUCUACACAUCGGUGGGGAUGAUGGAUUUGAAAACAGUUACAAUAAACAGAAUUCAGAAAACUGGGGGGAUGGUAGGAUGUAAGUAUUAUUCGCAUCUGUGGACGUUGUUAGCGGUAAAAGUAGCCAGACAUUAAAGUAUAACGUCCGUUUUCCACCAGGCAAGCUCCCCUUCAAAGCAACGACUAUAACUGGCUAACGGCUGGUCUGAAAAGCACUCAGCAUUUACCAAAUAUUCAAGACCAAAUGCAAGCUUAUCAAACUCCAGAUUGGAAUGGUAAGGCAACGCCAUAUUUGGGUCGUGGAGACAGCCAGGGAUAUCAAACUACAGAACAGCCUCAGCUUGAAAAGAGAACGGCAAUACCAAGCACCGAGAUGGUACAGUCACAAUAUACAGGAGAUGGUAAGUCGUAUGAGUGAUAGUUUUGCCUCACAAUACAUUCGACUUUCUGUUAAAACUGUUCGAAACUUUUUGACUUAAUCCUGCUCUGCUCAUAAACAAACAAACUAACAUACAAACAAACAAUCUAAAGUGGAAGCAAACGUUUAUAAAUAAGGAUUUCCAUUCACACUUAGGCAACAAGCUAUCCAGAAAUACUCCUCACAUGAUAAAAAGCAAGCAUUAUACAGUUGCAGCAGACACACUUACUGACAAUGAUGUAUAUGGGUAUGCUGGGAGUAUCGGACCAUUCCUUCAGAAACGAGCUUUUGUCCCUCAGACAGUUGGUAAGCGUGCGAGUAUGUAAGUGUAGUGAUUUAAGGAAGGUGUACUAUACGUACAAAAUGAUAGGUGGAGAUAUAUAGACACGAGCCGAAGUAUCGUCGUGAUAAAAACGCUUGUAUUCUUCAUAAUUGUAAAAAAACAUGAAUGAUAUUUGGUGAGAAAAAUGAAUUUAAAGUUUAUGUAAGUCAUCAGAAUUUUGUAUCAGAUAUACAAGCUCCUUCACAGUCAUGCUUUCCUAUGUGUUUUCGUAUGAAUUAUUACCGAGAAUGCAUUUUAGUCAUUCCUACUUUCACAAAACAUUCUAGAUCCACGUCCUGAGCAAAGAAAGAAAGAUGAUGUUCUAGAGAACCUGGUCACAGAUGUGAAUGAACCUUGGAUCAAACAUUUCUUGACCAACACGCUGGAAAUGGCGGUCAAGGGAGAGAAAGGAAUACUUACUUCAGAACAAGAUGGCCGAGAUGACGUUAAAGGUGAUUCACGCUUUUUAUCUAAGUAAGGUUUUGAUAAACACGAAGAACAAGAAUUGUGAGCAAGAUAACGUUGAGAUACUGUUUGUACAGUAAUAAGUUAAGAAGGUCCGUGAAUAUCUUGUGGGUUUAUAUAUGAAAAUUGAAUUUGUUCUCUCAUAUACCGCAUGUGUUUUGCAGAUAAGCCUCUGGCGCGUAGAGAUGAACUUGGUGAAGCUGAUUCUGUCCCAAAACCGAGUCAGGAAACUAACAUAGAGCAAGAUGACGACAUGCCUCUGGAUGCGACGAAUAAUAAAGACGACUCUGAAGAUUAUGACGAUGUAGGAGGUCGUGAAAACACGACCAGUUUCUCAAAAGAAGAAGACAAAGACAGUGGCGACGGUGAUAAAGACAGUAACGAUGGUGAUAAAGACCAACAGAAUAAACAGAAGGAAGAAGUAAGUCAAAUUGGGUAUUGCCGACGAAGUAUCGUUUGUCAAAUAACUAACAUUCAAAACACUAGAUAACUCUACGAUUUACCAAUUUAUCAAUAGUCUAGUGCUAAUACUGGAGGAAACUAGUAUCUGGAGCAAUUUAUAUGCGACUGAAGUGAAACUAUAAACGAAAAACUGCAAACUGUAGAAAUAAGACUCCGGAGAUGAACGGUUCAGACAUCGACUACUGCGCCAUCCUUCCCCAUUGGGCUUUUCAUGUUCUCAAAACUGUCUUCGCUCACACGAACGAAGAAUCAGCUGAAAAUCUAACCAAACUGAAGUAAAUCACGGAAGCUAUUGAGUGCCACAAUGUAAACAUAUUAAAGUAAAUGAAAAUAAGCUUGACAAAUAUCAUAAAGUGUCUUCUUGUCCUAGACUGCUUCUACAAGAGAAAAAUCUGAAGAGAAAAUAGAACUACCAGCAAUACACGAAUAUAUACCAAACAUCGCGCCAAAGCCAGAGGGAAUACCAUUGAGUGAAGUUCUCAAACAUAUUCCUAAACAAGAAUCAUCUCAAUCACCAGUAGCUGACAUUGGUACCAUCCCCUCGCAAGGUGAUGACCCUUUGAAAUCUGUUAUUAGAAUAACCACACGAAUACCAGUAGCCCAACAUGUGCCAGAACAGACUGUACCAUCGUCAACAGAACGAACACCAGUAGACCAUCAUGUACCAGACCAGAGUGAAUCUCUACCAUCAAUAUCUGAACAAAUACCAGCAGGCCACCAUAUACCAGAACAGUCUGAGGUACCACCAGCACAAGUACCCACAUCACAGAUGAUACCAUCAACACCACAACUACCAUCAUCAACACUACCACAACAACCAUAUAUACCAACCAAUCCAUCAUCAUAUAUGGUACCAGCAGCACUACCAACCUUCCCAGAAUGGUCAUCAUUCCCAGAAUAUAAGCCACCAACACACGUACCAAAAUCAGAAAGUCAAACUACCAAGCCUAAUCCACCAGUAGCCCCAGGAACGUCACCAGAUUUUACAUCAAGUAACCAAGCAGCACCUGCUGUGGUUGGUCCAAUUAUCAAAGUGGUUACAACACCAGGAAUGAAGGCCACAGUCAAACUAACUUCAAAAGGUCAAGUCCAUGAUGCCAGUAAAGGAAAUACGAAAUUUCAAUCUGAGAUACACAAAGCCCUGAAUAACAGUAAGUGAAUCUCUUCUAGUUACAUAGUUUCAACAUAGUUUCAACAUAGUUUCAACAUAGUUCAAUAUAGUUUCGAGACGACAUAGUUUCAACAUAGUUUCAACAUAGUUUCGACACAGUUUCAACACAGUGAUUAAAAGGUCAGGUACAACAGAUUUCUCCAUUUAUUGCACCCGCGGAAUGCACAAAUCUAGUCGUGUAUGAUACAACUUGUUCAAGAACUUAGGCAGUCCUUGUCCUCAUGGUUAACUAUCUUCUGCUCUACGCUAGGUAUUCAAAAUAUUGGUAUAUCAUUCUCGAAUGACGUGUUAGAAAACACCAUCAAAGAAGCGGAGGUAAGACAACAUUAUUCAAAACAACAGACGAACAUCUUUAAGGUUUGAGUCAUAGUUUGCGACCAUUGCACGUACUAGAUUUAUGUAAAAAAAUUGAAUGUCACAAAGAUGGAAUAUCGUAUCCCACUGACGAUAAAUUGUUAAUAUCUUGCAGCUUAUUCAUGUACUCAAAGAUGCUAUCCCAGUUAACCAACGUAGACCAGUUGGCACUGAGGACGAUCUAAAACAGGGUAAGCAUCAUGAAACAUGUAAAGAAAGCCGUAACACUUACAAAACCCACCAAUACACAGAACAAAACCCACCAAUACACAGAACAAAACCCACCAAUACACAGAACAAAACCCACCAAUACACAGAACAAAACCCACCAAUACACAGAACAAAACCCACCAAUAGACAGAACAAAAGCAAAGUAAAAAUUAAUUCCAUGUUUAGGCUUGGACGAUUUAAAAGAUUACGCAGUUGCACUGACAGAUGCCACAGGGCUAUCGCAGGCUCAACGUGAUGACGUAGCAGAGAAGCUAGCACGUGACCUGCUGAAUGAAAUGAGAGUGAUGGAUGGUAGAAAACAGCAACUAUUGAAAGAACUCAUGUCAUUUGUCACUGCAAUGGAAGUCUCGACAUUCAAAGGUAUAUUUUUCAUUUUUCUAUAAGCCUAAGCUAGUCAUUAAGCAUACGUUUACGUUUCCACCUGUUGUAAGACUUGGCCAAUAAUCUAGUCUAAUGUAGUCAAACUAUUAACCAAGCCAGCCUAAACCAUUUACUUACCUCCAUAUGUCUCUGGUUGUUUCAGAACGACUAAAUGAGAUAAAGUCCCGAAUUAUCCAGCUGUCCACAGAAUAUCCUCAAGACCUCGUAAAAACACGAUCAACAGCAAUCAAACUUCUAAAUGAACUGUUUCAACAACUUCCAUUGCCUAAAGAGCAAAUUAAAGAGACAGAAAAAAACGUUGGUGGCUCGAAAUUACUCAAAAGUCUUGUACAGGAAGGCGAGAAGCGAGUAUUACGAAGCAAGCUUAAAAAAGCGCUGCUAGACUUAGUGGCUGAUAAACUUUUGUAGAUUUUGUAGUUAUGAUUGUAGUUUAUGAAAAAUAGUUGAACUGUGUUAAAUAAAAUGUUAAAGACUUAAAAAAGAUUGAAUAAAGCUAGCUUGAACGAAGGACUUUAUCGUGCAGCAGAUGUUGGGCAACCUGCAGUUCUCAGAGUGAGAAAAUAAUGUUCAUUCUUUUCAUUCUAUGUAGUAGUCUUGUAUUUGAUGGCAGAUAAAUAUAAUUGAGAGAUAUAGUUUAUUUUUUGUCCCUAUCAUUUGACAACAUUUGUGAAGUUCACCACCAAUCUUUUAG